AAAAAAAGAAAGAAACACUAAACAACGGACGAGCCGCGCAUGCGUUGUUCUCUGGCGGCCUCAUGUGUGGAGUCGAGUAGCCCGAUUCGUCGCUUCGCCCGGAGUGCGCCUGCGCGGUCACAGGGUUUUUCUCCACACCGCCCCCCCUCUUCAGUCUCCGCUUCCCCUCCCCCUGUCCCCCGCGGGGGCUCUGGGUCCGGCGCCGGGACCAUGUUCACCAGCACCGGCUCCAGUGGGCUUUACAAGGCACCUGUGUCCAAGUGUCUUCUACUGGUCCCCAGCGCCCUGUCCCUCCUGCUGGCCCUCGUCCUGCCGCACUGUCAGAGGUUCUUCGUGUACGACCUCCAGGCUGUCAAGGACGACUUCCAGAUCUGGAGGUUGAUUUCUGGAAGAAUAAUUUGCCUUGAUCUGAAAGAUACUUUCUGCAGUAGUCUGCUUAUUUAUAAUUUUAGGAUAUUUGAAAGAAGAUAUGGAAGCAGAAAAUUUGCAUCCUUUUUGCUGGGCUCCUGGGUUUUGUCAGUGGUGGGUGACUUCAUCCUUGUUGAAGCUGUGCGGUAUUCCUUUGGUGUCACUAUGGCCAGGAAUUUGCCUUCUGGAUUCCUGGCACCUGUGUUUGCUCUCUUUGUACCAUUUUACUGCUCCAUCCCAAGAGUCCAAGUGGCACAUAUUCUGGGCCCGUUGUCCAUCACAAACAAGACACUGAUUUAUAUAUUGGGACUACAGCUUUUCACCUCUGGUUCCUACAUCUGGAUUGUAGCCAUAAGUGGACUUGCUUCUGGGAUCUGCUACAACAGCAGAAUGCUGCAAGUCCACAAGGUGCUAUAUGUGCCCAGCUGGAUGGCCAGGUUCUGCGCUUGGACCCUGGAGCCCCUCUUCUCAUCCUCGGAGCCCAGCAGUGAGGCCAGGGUCGGGAUGGGGGCCACAGUGGACAUCCAGAGGCAGCAGAGGAUGGAGCUGCUGGACAGGCAGCUGAUGCUGUCACAGUUUGCACAAGUGAGGCGGCAAAGACAGCAGCAGGGAGGAAUGAUCAACUGGAACCGUCUUUUCCCUCCUCUGCGUCAGCGAAGAAACGUAAACUAUCAGGAUGGUCGGCAAGCUGAACAACCAGCGUCCCCACCUCUAGAGGUUUCGGAGGAGCAGGUCGCCCGGCUCAUGGAGAUGGGAUUUUCCAGGGGCGACGCGUUGGAAGCCCUGAGAGCUUCCAAUAACGACCUUAACGUGGCCACCCACUUCCUGCUGCAGCACUGAGGGUCCCGGCCGACGACACGGGGACUGGCGAGCGCUGCCCCUGCUCCCGGCCAGCCCAGGGCUCUGUGCUGGCCUCUGGGCACAGGGGUCCCUGCUGCUCCCUCCCUUAAUUCCGAGACCAGUUACCAUUAAGUAUCCAAAAUAAGUUUGCCAUUAAAAUAGCAUGCCUUUUCUAUCUUUAUUUUUUUAUGGAGUAUUUCCCUUGGUCUGAAGAAUCAUCACUCAUUCCUGAUGUGUUUAAAAUGCACUCAAAUUGCAGAUUUCAGGAAGCGGGGGAAUAGCGCUACAGAUGGGAAAUCACCGCUGCUGUAAUAUUCUUUCUACUGUAACGUAUCUUCCUACAUUAUAUCAGAUCAUUCGUGCCAGAAAGGGGGCUGUUAUUCAGACAGCACCUGUCAGAUUUUAUUUAUGGACUUUUUUUCAUUGCUUUUUUUUUUACCCCCCGUCAAAUUUGCUUUCAAACUCCAGUGGCUGUUCAGGGUCCUCACUCCCCAGAGCAAGUAGUUCCUACCUGCGGAGCUGGCCAGGCCCACCAACGAGGGAGGGAGAGGGAACUUAAACCCCCCUCUGCCUGUUCUACCCAGCUCCAGUCCAGGGGAUUUGUCCCAGCUACUCCCCACUUCCAUUAAAAAAAAAAAAAAAAAGGAAUUAUCAGAUACCAGCCUGCAUUUCUGGAAGACUCCAUGAAACUUCACUGGGGUGAAUUUUGCUUAGAAUAUCCCCAGUUAGCCACUCGGGCUGGGAGUAAAAAUGGGGCAAAGAGAAAACAACAAGAGAGGGCUUCCUCGAGGAGUACAGGCCACCCUAGCUGCAGGGCCAACCCCUCUAGAAGCAGAUUCCCACUGGCCCAGGGGUGACCUGAUGUCAGCGUGGGGGCAGAGUAGACUGACCCCACCACAGGAGGAGGGGGAGGCCGGAGCAGACGAGCCUGGAAAGACCUAAAGCAGGGACUGUUAAGAUUUAAAGAAACUUGCAGCUAUUGUGUUCUGCAAAGCCAGCAGAAGUGUUUCAAACUGAUGCAAAUUUAGACAUGUGUGGUACUUAACAAUAAAGUUUUUAAUGUGUUUUGC